UGGGUGGGUGGGCGGAGGCUGAGUUUUCCACCACGGCUGCACCUGGGCACUGGGACCUGAAGAGGAAAGCCAGAAUCUUAAGCUGGAAGACCCUGAGUUGUGGAGAAUAGCUCCUGUUGGGAAGAAUGGGAGAUUAGGUGGCGAGGGUCAGCGGUCCCCCCUCCUUCAGGCGCGGAUCCCGGCGCCCGGUUGUGGAGCGUCGCGCGCGGGGAGGGGGCGGGCGGGGGGCGGCGGCGGCGGCGGCUCUCGGUGUUGUUCGCUCGCGCGUCGAGCACACGGUGGGUCCGGCGACCGGCGGGCGCCGCAGGCGGCGUUCCCAGUAGUCCGGUGCCUCGGCCGCUGCCCAGAGACGAUUCCACGCCGGAGCCUGUCGCUCCUGGAGGCUCUAGGUGGAGUCCCGGGAGCUGAGGGGGGACUGGCGGCCGCCACCGAAGCAUGAAGACGGGGUAAGGCAAGACCCCCAUGAUUUCACGAGAUCAUAAGUAGGCAGAGAGCACAGGCAGAGAGAGAUGGAGAAGCAGCUCCAUGCUGAGCAGAGAGCCCGAUGAAGGAUUCGAUCCCAGUACCCUGGGGAUCAUGACCUGAGCUGAAGACAGAGGCUUUAACCCACUGAGCCACCCAGGAGCCCUAUUUUUAAUUUCUUAAGGAACCUCCACACUGUUUUCCAAAGUGGCUGCACCAACUUGCAUUCCUACCAACAGUGUGACCUGGCACAGACGUUGAUCUCAAGAUGCCAUUAGUGAAAAGAAACAUCGAUCCUAGGCACUUGUGCCACACAGCACUGCCUAGAGGCAUUAAGAAUGAACUAGAAUGUGUAACCAAUAUUUCCUUGGCAAAUAUAAUUAGACAAUUAAGUAGCCUAAGUAAAUACGCUGAAGAUAUUUUUGGAGAAUUGUUCAAUGAAGCACAUAGUUUUUCCUUCAGAGUUAACUCAUUACAAGAACGUGUGGACCGUUUAUCUGUUAGUGUUACACAGCUUGACCCUAAAGAGGAAGAAUUAUCUUUGCAAGAUAUAACAAUGAGGAAAGCUUUCCGAAGUUCCACAAUUCAAGAUCAGCAGCUCUUUGACCGCAAGACUUUGCCUAUUCCGUUACAGGAGACGUAUGAUGUUUGCGAACAGCCUCCACCUCUCAAUAUACUCACUCCUUACAGAGAUGAUGGUAAAGAAGGUUUGAAGUUUUAUACCAACCCUUCGUAUUUCUUUGAUCUAUGGAAAGAAAAGAUGUUGCAAGAUACAGAGGAUAAGAGGAAGGAAAAGAGGAAACAGAAGCAGAAAAAUCUAGAUCGUCCUCAUGAACCAGAAAAAGUGCCAAGAGCACCUCAUGACAGGCGGAGAGAAUGGCAGAAACUGGCCCAAGGUCCAGAGCUGGCUGAAGAUGAUGCUAAUCUCUUACAUAAGCAUAUUGAAGUUGCUAAUGGCCCAGCCUCUCAUUUUGAAACAAGACCUCAAACAUAUGUGGACCAUAUGGAUGGGUCUUACUCACUUUCUGCCUUGCCAUUUAGUCAGAUGAGUGAGCUUCUGACUAGAGCUGAGGAAAGGGUCUUAGUCAGACCACACGAACCUCCUCCACCUCCACCGAUGCAUGGAGCAGGGGAUGCCAAACCCAUCCCCACCUGUAUCAGUUCUGCUACAGGUUUGAUAGAAAAUCGCCCUCAGUCACCAGCUACAGGCAGGACACCUGUGUUUGUGAGCCCCACCCCCCCACCUCCUCCACCACCUCUUCCAUCUGCCUUGUCAACUUCUUCAUUAAGAGCUUCAAUGACUUCAACUCCUCCCCCGCCAGUACCUCCCCCACCACCACCUCCAGCCACUGCUUUGCAAGCUCCAGCAGUACCUCCACCUCCAGCUCCUCUCCAGAUUGCCCCUGGAGUCCUCCACCCAGCUCCUCCUCCAAUCGCACCUCCUCUAGUACAGCCCUCUCCACCAGUAGCUAGAGCUGCCCCAGUAUGCGAGACUGUACCAGUUCAUCCACUCCCGCAAGGUGAAGUCCAGGGACUGCCUCCACCCCCACCACCGCCUCCUCUGCCUCCACCUGGCAUUCGACCAUCAUCACCUGUCACAGUCGCAGCUCUUACUCAUCCUCCCUCUGGGCUACAUCCAGCUCCAUCUACUGCCCCAGGUCCCCAUGUUCCAUUAAUGCCUCCAUCUCCUCCAUCACAAGUUAUACCUGCUUCUGAGCCAAAGCGUCAUCCAUCAACUCUACCUGUCAUCAGUGACGCCAGGAGUGUACUUCUGGAAGCAAUACGAAAAGGUAUUCAGCUACGCAAAGUAGAAGAGCAGCGUGAACAGGAAGCUAAACAUGAACGCAUUGAAAAUGACGUUGCCACCAUCCUGUCUCGCCGUAUUGCUGUGGAAUAUAGUGAUUCAGAAGAUGAUUCAGAAUUUGAUGAAGUAGAUUGGUUGGAGUAAGAAAAAUUCAUUGAUAAAUAUUACAAAACUGAAUGCAAAUGUCCUUUGUGGUGCUUGUUCUCUGAAAAUGUUUGGUCAUUCCAGUGUUUUGCUUUCUUUUCCUUAUGAUAAAUAACUUUUCCUCCAUAAUUUUUGAUUUCUAAGAAAAAUAUUAGCAUACAUUUCAAACUAAAUGUUUUACAGUGGCUUAUCUUUUUUUUUUUUCCCUGAAAAGAUAAUUUGGUCAAAUAAACCACUAAGUAUUAAGCAUGGACAGCUGUUGUUAGAGUAGCAGAUUCAGUUUUUUGAUAUAUCUUAAUUGUGCACUUUGUGAAUUUUAAUUUAAAGAAAGCAACUGAGAUUGAAAUCUUGAGGGCAGCUGUAUCUAUUAAUGAGCCUUAUUCCAUUUCCUGAUGUUUUAAAAGAAGAAACACUGCCUUGAUUAUAUGAAUACACUCAGAAAGUAUGUUUAGCUAGUAGUAUUGAAUUCUCUUAAAGGAAUGCUUGAAUUUUUUUUAAUUAUUGUUUUACUGUUUUUAAAUACUUGCCUUAUUUGAAUGUUUAGCAGUACCCCCUUCCCACUUAUAUAUUGUGUGGUACGAUUUUGCUUGCCUAUAAGAGUUUAAAAAAUUUCCAUGUGAAAUACUCUGACAUAAACAUACAUGUAACUUACAUUAACUGUUAAGAAUAACAGUCUGAUUUAAUAAAUGGUUCAUUUUAAAGGUU